GUUCUGUUUGCUGUAUAAAGAUGGCAAGUUAAUAUCCAGCCUGCUCUACACAUUAUAAAACUACAGAUCUGGCAGUCUAUCUUCUUCUUUUUUGUCACAAUUCAAUGAACAUUUUUACUGCUUUUGCACCUUUCGUCUCUAAUACGGAGUGGAUUGUGACCAGCAGAAAGAGUGUCUUGUUCCUCUGUACUCUGACUGUCCCCAGCCUAUGACUUUAUAUAUUUACUUAUUUUUUGCUCAACAACCAAGGCACCUUUUGGAGCACGAUCUGCGCUUAAUGAGUCCAUUUGGAUUGCUAUUACAAUUAAACAGCAAACUGACAAAAACUGAAAACCCCAGCAUAUCCUGUUACUUGCUGCCUGGCACUUUAUUUUCAACUUUUUUUUUGGUGUUCAGCUUCUCCUGGAGAUCAGAACAAACUUAUUAAGCUUUGAAACCAACAACAGCCUUUGCUUCAAAUUAGGUGGUUUCAUAAUCCUAUUUAUACGUAUGUUCUGAUUUCUAAGGAGUUUUUCAUUUUUGUUUUUGACUGGAAGCUCUGCAUUAGACUUUUCUUUUCAUUACAGAAUUUAAAGCAUGGGAUUUGCAGAUAUUUUAGAGGAAGUAGGGAGCAGGGGUCCCUUCCAGAUCCUGCAUGUUACCCUGCUUACGAUACCCAUGCUUAUGCUGGCAAGUCACAAUCUUCUACAAAACUUUGUUGCAGCUGUACCUCAACAUCACUGUCUUCUGCCCCCUAAUCUGACAGAUACCAAGCUCCCAGCGGACCUGUUGCUGCGGGUCAGUGUCCCCAUUGACUCUAAAGGGAAGCCGGAACGUUGCAUACGCUUUGCUGAGCCUCAGUGGCAUGUGCUCAAUCAAAACUGGACCGCAAAAAACUUGACAGCCUACGAGAACAGUGAGUUUACCUUUCUGCUUUUGAACCAAACUGAAAACAACAUCUUGAAUGUGGAACUGCAAAGAUGUGACCAUGGCUGGCAGUAUCAGCAGACAGAUAUGACUUCCACCAUCAUCUCAGAGUGGGAUUUGGUGUGUGACUUACGUUCCCUGAAACAGAUGAGCCAGACAAUAUACAUGGCAGGAGUUCUUGUAGGUUCCCUUAUCUUUGGGAGCCUCUCAGACAGGCUAGGUCGUCGCUUCUUACUACUCUGGGCGCACUUGCAGAUGGCUGUGGCUGGGACCUGUGUUGCAUUCUCUCCUUCUUUUGCUGUUUUUUGUUUUUUCCGAUUUUUGACAGGAAUGGCCCUCUCUGGAAUUAUCCUAAAUUCACUUUCUCUCAUUGUAGAGUGGGUGUCCAUGCGAGUGCGAACAAUUGUGGGUACAGGAACAGGAUAUGGUUACACAUUGGGUCAGCUGAUUCUGGCAGGGCUAGCCUAUUUUAUUCGAGACUGGCGCUGGCUCACAUUGGCAGUGUCCCUACCCUUCUAUGUCUUUUUCUUCUACACAUGGUGGUUUCCUGAGUCGGCACGCUGGCUGGUACUCAACCACAAAGCUGAUUUGGCUGUUACACAACUGAAAAAAGUAGCAAGACUUAACGGCAAAACAGAGGCAUGCAAGAAAAUCAACACCGAGAAGCUGAAAUCUGCCAUGCACAGUGAAAUGACAAAUCUGAAAGGUUCAUAUACUGCACUAGACUUAGUACGCACAGCAGUAAUGAGAAGGAUAACUAUUUGCCUUGUUUUUGUGUGGUUUUCAACCAGUUUUUCCUACUAUGGGUUAUCAAUGGACCUACAGAAGUUUGGGGUCAGCAUAUACUUGAUCCAGCUCAUCUUUGGUGCUGUUGACAUCCCAGCAAAGUUGAUUUCCACUGUCACUAUGAGUUAUAUUGGGCGACGCGUCACGCAGAGUGCUUCUCUUGUGCUGGCAGGUGUCACCAUAGUGAUUAAUAUUUUUAUUCCCCAAGAUUUGCAAAAUGUGAGGACCUCUCUAGCUGUUUUGGGGAAAGGCUGCUUGGCGUCAUCUUUCAGUUGCUGCUAUCUCUACUCCGGGGAAUUGUAUCCAACGGUUGUUCGACAGUCAGGAAUGGGAAUAGUUUCUAUGAUGGCUCGCCUGGGGGCAAUGACUGCCCCCCUUGUCCUUUUACUGGGGGACUACAUCCCUGUUCUUCCUAUGGUCAUCUAUGGUGGCUCGCCAAUCAUUUCUGGGAUCAUUGCUAUAUUCCUGCCUGAAACCUUAAAUAUCCCACUGCCAGAUACCAUUGAGGAAGUGGAAAUGAGGGCAAAACCUGAAAGUUCCAAAGCAGAGACGAAUAUAAAGGAGGCCAUAAUUCUUCAAGAGAUCACCCCUUUAGGGCAGAAGCCACUUCCUGGACUGCAUAUCACCAAUGAGCAGUAGCUGAGGAGAACAUUUCAUGGAAUGAUAACCUCAUGAAAAGUCCUGGAUUCCUUCAAGUGAAGGCGAAUACUCUUUGAGUUUCAUAUUUUAUGACUUUUUGCAUUGAAUGGUUGUUGGCACUUAAGUCAACGUUCAGAGAAAUGGGACUGUGGUUUCCAGCAACAAGAACAAUCUGCCAUUGCUAAGUUCGAAAAUCAAUACAACCAGAUAACUAUUUAUAAUAAUAUUUGUUUAUCCCAUUGUCAAGAAACAGAAGCACUUUCCAUGAGCAUAACUUUAAAAGCAAACUGAAAGAUGUAAAUAAAAAUGCUUAUUAUGUAAAGGAAAACACAAUAAAAAGAGAAAU